CUCCGACAUUAAUGGGCUUGAACCCAUCAAAAGGAUUUGAUCAAAACAUCAUGUCCAUGGAGAAGGUCGAAAGCGAAGAGGAAAAUGAAAUUUASGCUAUUGAUCGGAGAGGGUUGACCAUCGGUAGACAACUGCAACGAUACUAUCAAGAAUAUAUUUCAUGUCUUUGUCGAGGGAUCAUCGCAACAAUAACGGCUCCGAUUCGUAAAGGUUGCCGCUGUACUCGUGCCUACCUCUUCGAAUUUCAUACAGYUUGCCCACUAGCUACUGUACUGCCUCCCCGCUACAAUGSAACACCAACGUCGCGGUUCUCACAAUUACGAUGCACAGUCCCGGUCGUCGCAAAUUUCGAGCAUCGAACGAAGCGAAGGACCCGACGGCGUACAUUCCAACAUUUCUACCAUGGGGUCGUUAGAGCCGCAAAGUGGCGGAGGAAAUGGCAUGCGAUUUCCUCUCCACAAGCAUGUACAUUUUCGUCAUACAAGUAGCAAUGACAAACAUAGUGAUGGAGGCAGAAAUUCCCAUUAUAGUGAUAUCGAGGAACGCCAAACUUCUGCCCGUUCUACUGGUAGAAACGGCCAUUUCAAUCCAGAAGAAUAYAAGGGUACGUGACUUUUUGAAGAAACGCAAUGGUUCAACUCUUUUCCGAUGCCGUAACUAUUAMAACGUAAUGAUAGUCUCACAAACGUACGUUUUGCGUGUUCAGAUCCAAAUGGCGAAAUGGUACCACUGCACACAAAAUACCAAAACGGWUACCACGGUGUAAACAAGGACGCAACMAUUCCAAGAUCAAAUCGAUCCGGAUACAACAAGUACGCUACAAAUUAUACGAGCAAUCGAAAUUUGAACACUUGCACAAAUGACAUGGAUCCAAGAGACAAACGAAAAUACAUAKCAUGUAACGUGCCAACCAAAGAUAUUUCCACAAUCAUUYCUGCGGUUGCAGCCCUGGCAUUAUGCAUCGGAGCCUUGUUUGCCGGUCUUUUUCAUGCGGUGAAGAAACCCAAUAUWCGUCCCCACCAWGAAGAUCAYGURGGCCCCUACGCCUCGCYCGAUUUGUUUGAUAGCGUAGGAAGGUAUAUCUUCGAGGACUACGACAYCCAAACUCCCUAUUCGGACUUCUUGCCCGGGUUGGCUGGCAUCUACGGAAARCCGCUGUAUGCGUUCUUCGUCAAUCGAGGCCAGGGGAUUGCUUCGUUUGGAGUCAAAUCAAAGGACACCCCAAUCAUGGARUUUUCACCCGCCAAUACCGCGUACCAAACUACAUCUCUUGUUGGAUUUCGAACAUUUAUCCAGGGCCGAAGGGGCGAAGGCAAAGAAACUUUUCUGGUGGAACCGUUCAGUCCACUCACAACCAACUUUCCCGCCAUGAUGGAGAACGGACCGGAGAUCACGCGACCUCCUACCAACAAACGAACGCUAUACAGUGGCGAGAACGAGAUGCAGAUCCAAGAAAUAGAUUACGAACAACAAUUGGAAACGAACGUGACAUAUUUCAUCUUACCCGAAGAAGAUUUCGGAGCUUUUGUUCGGCGGGUAACCAUAACCAACACGCAUCCGGAAGAGACUACRACCAUUUCCUUUCUGGACGGACUGGCAAAAAUGCAACCAGCGGGAGGUAAUAUCAAUGGUUAUCUCAAAAACAUGGGAAGGACUCUCGAAGGCUUCAUGGGAGUAUAUUUCCCGUACGAGGAUACCAUUUCGAUGCCCUUUUAUCGUUUGUCGUCGAGGCCGAUCGACUCUGAAUUUGUCGAGGCUCAGGAACGUGGACACUACUGUGUAAGCAUUCGGGAGGACAGGAAUACUUCGUUACUACCUAUAGUCUACGAUACGUCAAAAGUAUUUGGCGAAGAUACCACGCUGUUGAGACCACUGGAAUUAUACAGAAAAUCAAUCAACGAUAUCGUGAGCGGACCCCAGUACGGAAAAGCAAAGACGUCGUCGUGCUUUGCAGCGGUAGAAGAUGUAACGCUUCAGCCUGGAGAAUCCGUCACGACCACAACCUUUUUUGGCGUGGCAGACCACAUUCUAGAUCUUCCGGUUAUAGUUCGGAGACUCCGACAGGAUGGAUUUGCUCAGUACAAAUUGACAAGAACGAGAGAAGUUAUUCGACAAAUAACAAGCAGCGUAGAGACCAAGUCGGGGUCCGCUAUUUUUGAUGCACAUGUGAGCCAGAUGUUUCUCGAUAACAGUCUCCGAGGAGGAAUUCCUAUCGUCCUUGGUGACCAAGAAGAUAACAAUGCAAUAUUGACAGUGGACGAAGACCCAAGACUAAAGGUCUAUCAUGUAUUUUCCCGGAUUCAUGGUGAUUUAGAAAGAGACUACAACGACUUCGAACUCCCGCCGACAUUCUUUUCUCAGGGGCCCGGAAACUUCCGUGACGUCGCACAAAAUCGGAGGAAUGACGUUGUAUUUAAUCCAAARAUUGGAUCCUUCAACAUAAGAUUGUUUCUGUCACUCAUUCAAGCCGAUGGCUACGAGCCAAAUUCGGUCGAAGGUGUGGUAUUUACGAUCGAGGACAAGAAUCUWUGCAACGAGAUUGCUACAAACGCAGUKGGCCCCGCCGACGGCCACAGAGCUCAGCGAGAAGCGCUAAGUGAAAUUCUAAACGAUGGACCUUUUCGGCCUGGACAACUGUUCCAGCUGAUGGCAGAACAAAACAUCUUUUUGAUUGUUUCGAGACAAGAAUUCAUUGAUAUGGUUGCUGUUGCCGCAAAUACCCACCCCUUUGCUGUUUACAAGGAAGGAUACUGGGCGGACCAUUGGACUUACUACUUGGACAUGAUCCAGUCCUAUCUUUCGAUUUAUCCAGAUGAAGAAGAACGUGUGAUGUUUGAUACCAGUUUGCCGUACUUCUUUUCCCCAGCCUCGGUACAACCUAGAAGUAAAAAAUACGUCAAGAAUCUAUCAUACGAUGGAGGCCAUAAUCAUAUUCAACAGCUUGACGCAACUAUUGAUGACAGUGCAAAAARAGAUCACAUGAACAAAUUUUUCGCCCAAAAAAUCGGUUGGUAUCGGAUUGCUGCACACUGGCAACACGAUGAGUCUGGAGAUGAGUUCGAGAGCUCACCGUACGCGAAACUGUUUCUUUUAGCAACGUUAAAGUUUGCUACAAGAGAUGCUCUGGGAAUGGGCAUUGAAUACGAAGCAGGAAAACCGGGUUGGGAUGAUGCGAAUAACGGAUUACCGGGAAUGCUAGGCUCAGGUAUGCCAGAAAGYUUUGAAUUGAAAGCAUUGAUAAAUUACCUYGUGCGCACUGGAAACAAAUAUGCGAGAGAUUUCGAUAUCCCCGAAGAACUAUACGAGCUMUACAAUGCGAUCAAUGACAAUCUCAUGGCACUGAAAGGUUACAAAACUAAUAUCUCAUUGCCGGUGGAAGAAGUGCCGCACGAACUGUUUUCUUACUGGGACAAUGUUUCGUUUGCGAGAGAACUAUACCGGGAGAAAACAAGGAUAACUUUCUCGGGAAAGACCGUUCGGAUGGAGCGUGGAGUGGCUGUCAAGAGCUUGAAAAACUGGGCGAGGGAGAUCGACAAAGGAAUCAUUCGAGCCAAAUUACUCGGAACAAGAGGCCAUGAUGAYGAUGGAAGCAGCGGGAUCAUUCCAACUUACUUUGCCUACAGAGUGACAAAUUGGAACGUCACGGGUGAAAGCAAUUCAAAUGGGCACCCCUAUGUAAUUCCGUUGAAUAUGACUGUCAGGCAUUUCCCACUCUUUCUAGAGGGGCCGACAAAAAUGAUGAAGACCGUCGGUCCCAUUGCCGCAAGGGACAUUUUUUUCUCGGUUCGGAACUCGACCCUUUACGACAAACCACUKCACAUGUACACGGUGAGUGCCAGCCUUACCGGUCAGCCGGUCGAGAUGGGGCGGUCCACCGCGUUUGCCCAGGGCUGGUUCGAGAACCAAAGCGUCUGGCUUCACAUGUCGUACAAAUUCUACCUCGAGUUGCUCCGGCACAAGCUGUACGACGACUUUUUCGAUUCGGUUCUGGAGGGAGGCYUGCUGCCUUUUGUGGACGCCAGGACAUACGGCCGCACGCCGAUGCAGUGUUCUUCCUUCAUUGCGUCCUCGGUCUUUGAGGACCCGUCGGUGCGUGGGAGGGGCUUUAUGGGCAGGCUGAGCGGGUCUACGGCCGAGUUUUUGAGCAUGUGGAUACUGAUGUUCAUCGGUCCGAAUCCGUUUUUCAUCGACGCGGCCAGCGGGGACGUUCGGAUGCAGCUGGCACCGACCAUUCCCGGCUGGCUCUUUCACACCCAGAGCGGGCCUUCCAAGAUGGGGGGAUUGAUGGUAAACGACGACGCCACGCCYCGGAUAAGCUUCAAGUUGUUUUCGUCGAUAGCGGUGCACUAUUUCAACGAGGACAAGACCGACGUGCUGGGGACUCCGCCACAGCGCUACAGGGUCGGACUCCGAGACGGUUCCAUCUUUGAAUUCAACCAGACCUUCGUCCCCACCGACAUGGCGGAAAAGAUUCGUCGGGUMGUGUUUGUCGAUUUCAUAGAGGCCCACUUUUGAGRAUAGAUUGGGCCCGGCUUGCUGGUUUYGCCGUGUGUCCUUGGUCCAMYUUUGGUGUUCACCAAGGCUCAACUAGGUUCUCCAUCKCUACCGUAAUUCUAAGAACUAGAUGAAAAUAGACAACCUUGUGGAGU